GCCUAUGGGGAUGGCGGCUGCCGCCGAGUGAGCAGCCCUGGAGGGCCCAGAGCCCGGGCCCGAGCACAGGACAGACCUGUGUGCCCGCGGGAGCCGGUCCGGGGACAGAGGGUGCCUACGUAUCAAGAGCUUGAUGUAUGUGGUUGAAUAAAAGAUCAAGUGUCCACUUAUUGAUAAGUACUGCAGGUAUUCCUCCAGUGGCCAAAGUCCCAUACAAAUUAUGAAGUUGAACCAUUUGGAAUGAAUAUAAGAGGAUUGCCCUGGGCUCCUCCUACUCCAGAGGGGAAAUCUCAUCCAGAGCCAUCAUGCCACUUCCCCAUCAUCUGUGUCCUGCAUGGUUAAGCUAACGCUGCAGGAGCCCUGGUCCAUUGGGAGGAAUCAAGCUGAUUCUUGGCAUGAGGCCUUCCCAGGGUUGAAAGGAGCACCACCAUGGCCUCUCUGGAUGACCCAGGGGAAGUGAGGGAGGGCUUCCUCUGCCCUCUGUGCCUGAAGGACCUGCAGUCUUUCUAUCAGCUUCAGUCACAUUAUGAGGAAGAGCACUUGGGGGAAGACCGUGAUGUCAAAGGGCAAAUUAAAAGUCUUGUCCAGAAGGCUAAGAAAGCAAAGAACAAGUUAUUGAAACGAGAAGGGGAUGAUCGAGCAGAAUCAGGGACCCAAGGAUAUGAGUCUUUCAGCUAUGGAGGGGUUGAUCCUUACAUGUGGGAGCCUCAGGAGCUUGGUGCUAUGAGAAGCCAUCUUUCUGAUUUCAAAAAACACCGAGCUGCCAGAAUUGACCACUAUGUUGUUGAAGUCAAUAAAUUAAUAAUCAGGUUAGAGAAGCUCACUGCAUUUGACAGAACAAAUACUGAGUCUGCAAAGAUUCGAGCAAUAGAAAAGUCCGUGGUGCCUUGGGUCAAUGACCAGGAUGUCCCUUUCUGUCCAGACUGUGGGAGUAAGUUCAGCAUCCGAAACCGCCGCCACCAUUGCCGUCUCUGCGGGUCCAUCAUGUGCAAGAAGUGCAUGGAGCUCAUCAGCCUUCCCUUUGCAAGCAAGCUCACCAGUGCCAGCAAGGAUUCCUUGAGCGCCCACACCAGCCCCAGCCAGUCACCUAAUAGUGUCCAUGGCUCCCGCCGUGGCAGCAUCAGCAGCAUGAGCAGUGUGAGCUCUGUCCUGGACGAGAAGGAUGAUGACCGGAUCCGCUGCUGUACGCACUGCAAGGACACACUGCUCAAGAGAGAGCAGCAGAUUGACGAGAAGGAGCAUACACCUGACAUUGUGAAGCUCUAUGAGAAAUUACGACUUUGCAUGGAGAAAGUUGACCAGAAAGCCCCAGAAUACAUCAAGAUGGCAGCAUCAUUAAAUGCUGGGGAGACAACGUAUAGUCUGGAACAUGCCAAUGACCUCCGAGUGGAAGUACAGAAAGUAUAUGAGCUAAUAGACACCUUAAGUAAGAAGAUCUUAACCUUAGGCUUGAACCAGGACCCUCCACCACAUUCAAACACUUUGCGGCUGCAGAGGAUGAUCAGAUACUCAGCUACGUUAUUUGUGCAGGAAAAGUUGCUUGGUUUGAUGUCACUGCCAACCAAAGAACAGUUUGAGGAACUGAAAAAGAACAGGAAGGAGGAAAUGGAGAGGAAGAGGGCCAUGGAGAGACAAGCUGCCCUGGAGUCCCACCGAAGGCUUGAGGAAAGACAGAGUGGUCUGGCAUCUCGAGCAGCCAAUGGGGAAGUGGUAUCUCUCCACAGAGGCCAUACCCCUUUGAGAAAGGCUGAGGGCUGGCUCGCCCUAUCAGGAGGUCAAGGACAGAGUGAAGACUCAGAUCCCCUCCUCCAGCAGAUUCACAAUAUCACAUCAUUUAUCAGGCAGGCCAAGGCCGCAGGUCGCACAGAUGAAGUGCGCACGUUGCAGGAGAACCUGCGGCAGCUACAGGAUGAGUAUGACCAGCAGCAGACAGAGAAGGCCAUUGAGCUGUCCCGGAAGCAGGCUGAGGAGGAAGACCUGCAGCGGGAACAGCUGCAGAUGCUCUGUGAACGGGAGUGGGAACGGGAGAGGGAGCAGUUCCGGGCGGCAUCUCUGCACACACGGACUCGGUCCCUGGACUUCCGAGAAAUCAGGCCUUUUCAGCUACAGGCUGGCAGGGAGCCUCGCACUCACCUUGCUUAUGCUUUGGAUCUGGGCUCUUCUCCAGUUCAAAGUAGCACAGCUCCUAAGACCCCUUCACCAUGCUCAGCUCAAGAACCUGUUCAAAUAUGGUCGGGGCCCCCAGUCCUUGGCCAGGAAUUCUUACCCCAGAGCAGCAUAUCCCAGCAAGAUGAGGUGCCCUCCCUAAACCCCUUUGAUGAGGAAGACUUCUCCAGCCCCACAGAAGAGGCCACUGCCAGCGCUCCUGCCACAGAGCUUUCCUCUGGCCCUUCAGCCUAUAUCCCCAAAGUGUAUAACCCUUUUGAGGAAGAGGAGGAGGAAGAGGCAGCAGCAGAGAAUCCCUUCACUCACCCAGACAGUCCAGUGCCCAACCCCUUUGAUGAGGAAGAUGAACAUCCCCACCCAAGAUCCUCAAGCCCUCUGGUUCCUGGCAACCCCUUUGAGGAGCCCACCUGUACCAACCCCUUCGAGGUGGACAGUGACAGUGGGCCAGAGGCUGAGGAGCUUAUAGAGGAGGAGCUCCUCCUUCAGCAGAUCGAUAACAUCAAGGCGUACAUCUUCGAUGCCAAACAGAGUGGCCGCCUGGAUGAGGUGGAGGUGCUGACAGAGAACCUGCGGGAGCUAAAGCGCACUCUGGCCAAACAGAAGGGGGGCACUGACUAACCAGCAGUCGGGAGGGCACUGUCGGGCCAAGGGGCCUGGCAGGAGCUAGUAGAGCAGGAGAGAGGCAGGUGGGAUGAUGGGGCAGGAGGCAGGGUGAGAAUUAAGAUGCACGCAGGUUAGGGGUGGGAGUAUGCAAUUUUGUGUUGUGCACUUUGAGAUAUUUCCACUACAGAUAAAUAAUAAAAUGGGAACUAGUACAGGAAUAAUCAGCACUCAUUUGCUGUUUAUCCUGUUUUUUUUUUUUUUCCCUGUAAUUAGGGUUUUACCCCUUCUUGAAGGGACUUUAUAUUUUUUACUACCGAGAUAGAACUAAAUGUAGCUCUGUUGGGCCCCGGGCAGAAAUGGCUGCCGUGCACCUCUUGGGUCCAUUUGCUACUGCCUAGUCUUGGUCCUUAAGCAGUAUUAUAGGGCAGCCUUCCUUUAGCCAAGACAGACAAGAUGGAUUCCAUGGAACCAUAUUUGGCUCUGGCAGAAGUCCAUCCCCCCAGGCUAUGGGUUCCAUUUCACUAGGGGCCUCCUCUGCCCUGUUGGGAGGCACUGCUAUGAAGGGAAGCCAGUACCUCUUCUUAAGAGAGAUGAUGAAUGAAUGCCUCACCAGGGUCUGUGUCUCUCUCAGUUUAAGUUCUAGUUUGUCUUCAGUCCUUCAAGGCAAGUAAGCUCCAGGACAGGGGUAUCCAUGUGAAUCUGAUCAUGAGCUUUUUAGAAAAUAGGUGUGUUAACCCUUUGGUUGAUGUUAGUAUUAUUUGGGAGAAGAGUUUCUCCAAGCUUGCUCUGCUGGUAUAAUUAUCUGUCCCCAGAGAAACCUUUUAGAGCUUUGGCAAAAUUACUCUGAUCUGGGCCUUUUAAAAAAUGUAGGAAUUGGUGAUCAGGAAGCUUUUGUGGAACAUCUUUCCAGGAGAAGAGAAGCUUACCUGAGUCAGGAUAAAUUAAAAUCACUUCCAAGUCUGUUUGAUCAGCUGCCUUCCCUUUUGAUUCAUCCUGACCUGACCUGGGCAAGGAUAUUUUAUUACCAACGUUUAGUACUCAGAAACUAGAAUGUCUGAAGAAGCACAACCCAGUAUCAUUCUGGUAGCACCACAGUACUUGAACUCUUUACCAAUUAAGGACAGAAAGGGAAAUUGUUAGUUUAGCUCUGGUGCUUUGGUUUACAGGAACAUAACCCUUAACUGACACCUGACAUCAUGAUAUCCAUGUGUGCUCAGCUCUGGGUAGAGUUUCUGCAAUUAUGCACCCUAACUAAUGAACAAUAACGGACCACUAGUCACUUUAUACUCCUUAACUAACUCUGGGCCAUACUUUAACUGGUGUGAGAGCUGAAAUUCAUUUUGUUACAUUCUGGGGAACACCCCUCUUGAUAAUGGGAAUAUUUGAACUCUUUUGGGGUAAUCUGUAU